AGAGGCCCUGCUUUGCCGUCUGGCCUGGAGCUGAGCAGAGUGGAGGCAGAGAGAGGCUGCCGGCCGUGCCCUCCACCGCUUCCCAUUCCUUCUCCCUAAACAACCAUUGAUUUGACUUAAUUUUAACUUAGAAUGGCUCUCAGUGAAGCUACGGAGCUGGACAAUUACCGGGAUUACAAUUUAACCGAGGACCAGAAGCUCAUUAAAGCGAAAUAUGCGCCUAUUUCGAAGAAAUACGAAUAUUUGGAUCAUACGGCUGAUGUGCAGCUGCAUGCCUGGGGAGACACCUUGGAAGAGGCCUUUGAGCAGUGUGCUAUGGCUAUGUUCGGGUACAUGACGGAUGCAGAGACCGUGGAGCCCUUGGACACUGUUGAAGUGGAGGCAGAAGGACAUGACUUGUUGUCCCUUCUUUUUCACUUCCUGGAUGAGUGGCUCUAUAAAUUCAGUGCCGAGGAGUUUUUCAUUCCUAGGGAAAUCAAAGUGCUUUCUAUUGAUCGAUCAAGAUUCAAAAUAAGGUCUAUUGGGUGGGGAGAGGAAUUCUCACUGUCUAAACAUCCCCAGGGCACCGAGGUCAAGGCAAUCACCUAUUCAGCCAUGCAGAUCCAUGAGGAGGAGAAGCCUGAGGUCUUUGUCAUCAUUGACAUCUAAACCAAGGAAGCAAGGGGCAUUGCUCACAUUUCCUGGCAGAAAUAUCACACAGGAAGGGAAUUUGCCACUUUGGAAUGACUUGGGAGCUGGUUUGAUGAAUGGCGAUGGUAGAAAGAUCAAUAUGAAGGUGGCAGUGACCCUUUAGAAAUAUCCAGAUCCAGAUGAUGCAUCAUGCAAGAAACAAUUUCCAUUUGUAUGUAUGGAAAUAUUAACCAAAGACCAUCCUGAUGGUACUGCCUGUAUUGUUUUCGAUGGAGUUGGGGAAAUUAAAUGUCCUUCUUUGGGGAUGAAAAAAGCGUUAGAACUUGAACACUUCUGAUUGUAAUAAAACUACCUCUUGGUUCUUUGGAUGUCACAUAAACUCAAUGUGAUGAUGUUUGUGCAAAAAGGAACUGGAGCUUGAAUCUGGAUUAUGCCAAAUAUAUGGCAGUCCAGUCUUAGGAAGGGGUUUUUUUUUGGCAAUAUUUCUUAUUUGUUUUUAUUUCUAUUUAUAUCCUGCUUUGGUUCUCAAAAAAGGAAAAUCAAAGAGGCUCAUACUGAAACCAAGACCAUAUAAUUUGAGACCUAGUUAUAGGAAAACAUUAAAAUAGAAUAUAAACAUGGAACAGUUUUAAAAAUAAACAAUGCAAAUGUGUUGUCGAAGGCUUUCGUGGCCGGAAUCACCGGAUUGCUGCAUGGCCAUGUUCCAGAAGCAUUCUCUCCUGACCUUUUCCCCACAUCUAUGGUAGGCCUCCUCGGAGGUUGUGACAUCUUUUGGAAACUAGGCUAGUGAGGUUUAUUUAUCUGUAGAAUGUCCAGGGUGGGAGAAAUAACUCUUGUCUGCUUGGGACAAGUGUGAAUGUUGCAAUUGGCCACCUUGAUUAGCACUGAAUGGCCUUGCAGCUUCAAAGCCUGGCUGAUUGCUGCCUGGUGGGAUCCUUUGUUGGGAGGUUUUAGCUGAACCUGCUUGAUUGCCUAGUUUCCAUCAGACUUCACAACUUCUCAGGAUGCCUGCUAUAGAUGUGGGCGAAACGCCAGGAGAGAGUGCUUCUGGAACAUGGCCAUACAGCCUGGAAAACUCAUAGCAACUCAAAAAAUGAAAAGCAAUUGAGGUUUGCCAUUGCCUUCCUCUGAGGCUAAGAGAGUGUGACUUGCCCAAAGUCUCCUACCAAAUUUCCAGAUCUGAACAAGGAUUUGAAACUAGAUCUCGCACUCAAACCAUUGCGGCAACAAAUGUGUUUAAAAUAUUUUAUUUAUUAAAUAGUAAUAGAUCUUCUGUUAAGGUUCUGCGUGUUCUGUAGUAAACGAGAAACCACUGAAAACAUGGAUUGAAAGAGUGUUAAAAGUGCCUUCGGAAUAUGAAAAACAGGCUUUCAACCUAUCAAAGAUUAAAGGAUAAGCAAAACGACUGUGUUUUGAUGCCCCUGAAAACCUAAUUUCCCCCAAGGGGUUCUACCCCUUUAUCUUGAUAUAAGUGCAGCACUAUUACGUUGUGUUUAAAGGCCCAUAACAUCAUGGCCUAGACAUAGUAAUUCAGUUGCUCUUUGUGUAUGUAUGUGUGCAUAUAUACACAUAUAUAUACAUGUGUGUGUGUAUCCUAUUUACCUUAGCUAUCGAGUUCCAUGAUAUAUAUUUCUGGCUAAAUGCAGGACAGAAAUAACAAGAACACAUGGUUACAAAUUCAAUGUUAUGUUAAAGGGCUCUUUAACAUAAAAUUCACUUUUUACUAUGUGUAUUUACACUUAAUUGUGCAAAUAAAAGAAUUUGUGCUUUUAUUUUAAAUAUCUGUUGAAUGAACUAUUUUCAAGGUAAAUAAAAUUCGUACUUAAAAUGUG